CAUAUAGUUUGUUUGGUCAAACAUGCCAUGUGGCAAAUGUAGAGUUGAAAGUAUGAAUAUAACAGAUCUCAGUAAUUUUGAUUCAAAUUUUAUAAAGUGCUGAAAUCUAAAAUUCAUAAAUUUCAUAGAUCUUGAUACAGCCCAGUGGCAAAUGUAGAGUUAAAAGGGUUGUUGACACCAAUGGGAUCUCUUGGAGUGGAUUUUGUUCCUCCCAAUGAAGAAAUGGAAAUGGAAUUUGACUCAAGUGCAUUUCCUCCAUUUAAGUUAUCUGAAAUUAGAGCUGCAAUUCCAAAGCAUUGUUGGGUGAAAAAUCCAUGGAAAUCCCUAAGUUAUGUUCUUAGAGAUAUUGUUAUAGUUUUUGCAUUGAUAGCCAUGGCCAUUUUCUUGGAUAGUUGGAAAUUUUGGCCAAUUUAUUGGGUUUUACAGGGUACUAUGUUUUGGGCUAUCUUUGUUCUUGGUCAUGAUUGUGGUCAUGGAAGUUUUUCUGACAGUGCACUUUUAAAUAGUGUGGUUGGACACUUUCUUCAUUCUUCUAUUCUGGUACCCUAUCAUGGAUGGAGAAUUAGCCACAAAACUCACCAUCAAAAUCAUGGAAAUGUUGAAGCUGAUGAAUCUUGGGUGCCGAUGCCAGAAAAGCUAUACAAGGAACUGGAUUUUGCAACAAAACUUUUUAGAUUCAAGAUUCCUUUUCCCCUGGUGGCAUACCCAUUGUACUUGAUAAGGAGAAGUCCAGGGAAAAGAGGCUCCCAUUUUAAUCCAUACAGUGAUUUGUUUCAACCUCAUGAGAGAAAACUUGUGGUAACAUCAACAUUGUGUUGGACGCUCAUGGUUGCUUCCCUCUUCUAUCUCUACGCGGUCAUUGGCUCUCUCCAAUUGCUUAAGCUUUACGGAGUUCCUUCUAUGAUUUUUGUGAUGUGGUUGGAUUUUGUGACAUAUUUGCACCACCAUGGCCAUGAACAAAAGCUACCUUGGUAUCGUGGCAAGGAGUGGAGUUAUUUACGGGGAGGAUUAACAACAGUUGAUCGAGAUUAUGGUGUUUUUAAUAACAUUCACCAUGAUAUUGGCACUCAUGUUAUUCACCAUCUUUUCCCUCAGAUACCACAUUAUCACCUUGUGGAAGCGACAAAAGCAGCAAAGCCAGUAUUUGGAGAAUAUUAUAGGGAGCCAAAAAAAUCAGGGGCAAUUCCAUUUCACUUGGUUGGAAAUUUAGUGAAAAGCAUGAAGAAGGAUCAUUAUGUUAGUGACAAUGGAGAAAUUGUUUAUUAUCAAACUGAUCCAAAACUCUUCAAUUUUUCUGAAAAGAAGGAUGAGUGAAUUUUCAUCAGUAAAGACAAUCCGGUGCAUUAAAGUUCUCACUAUAUGCGGAGUCCGGGAAAUGCAUCAGUAGACAAAUUUAAAAGAAAUAUAUAAACUAUUUAGCAUAUCAGUUUCAACAAGUUCCCUUUGUUUUGAAACUUUAAUUGUUGUAAUAGUUGCAACAAUUAAAUAGAACUAGUAUAAUACCUGCGCAAUGCGCGAAAAUUAUUAUUAUUUGAUCGAUUGUGAAUUUGAAUCAUUUUGUCAAUGAUUCAAAUUCAAAGAAUCAAUCACUCUUUAUAAAUUGACUAUUUACUAAUAAAGUUUAUAAAUUUCAAUAAA